AUGAUACUUAAACCCGACUAUGAUGACAUCGAAUUGGAUACACGUAUUAAAUUGUCACGUGGUAAAUCGGAUAAAGGCAAAGACAAUAAAAAAUAUGAUGAUCCCUACUAUUGUGGUCUACGUGCACGUGUUCCAAACUUUGUGAAAACCUCUUCAAAGUCGGCUAAAGAACAGCCAGCACUACAGAAUAGCGCAGCAACUCAACAACAACAACAACAACAGCAUAUGAAUACAUUAACAAACCAAAAGAAGACUUCGGUUAUGAUGCCCAUGCAUCCCACAAUGCAUGCUCCACAACCACCCCAUAUGCAUCCUCAACAUAUACAGCAACAACAAAUGAUGGCAGCCGUAGCAGCACAUGCUGCAGCUCAACAACAUCAUCCCAUGCAUCAUCAUCAUGUACAGCAUGCGGCAGCAGCUGCUCAACAAAUGUGGCAAACACGCAGUUAUGAAAGCGGCAUAGGUAUUUAUAAUCAUAAUGCUACAGCGACUACAACGACAGCUGCCAGUACAGCGACUGCGACAACGAACUUUAAUACAGACUUGCAACAACAAUUGCAACUUCACCACCAGCAACAACAACAACAGCAACAAUUACAGUUACAGCAAUUACAAACAGCUUCCAAUAAUUAUUAUCCUAGCACUCAUAAUGCUAGUAGUUCUCUUUAUAACUAUCUUGCACCCAAUUACCAUCACCAAGAGCACCUACUUCAUCAACAGUCACAACUACCAUUACAACAACAACAACAGCAUCAACUUGUCAAUAAUUCUUCUCCUUCUACCGCUUCUUCUUCUUCUACUCUUACUACUACUACUCCUCUUUCUAAUGCUAGCAAUAUUAUGCCUACAACGCCUUCCUCCUUACCAAUUGGUCACUUGACAAAUACCACAAACGCCAUUGCACCAUCUGCUUCAAUACAAUUAAGCACUAAUUUGACAUUUGCCACCAGUCCCCCCACCAUUAAACAAACAGAAACUAAUCAUGAAAAUAUAUACGGACAGACUAGAAAUCUUAAUUCCCAUCAUAAUCCACCACCUCUUAAAGGUGGCAACAUUCAACAUUCUCACCAUCGUCAUUCACAUUCACAUCAUUCUCAUCAACAUCGACGUUCACAUCAUCAUAGUUCUUAUGGCUGUCAAAUGCAUUCUGCACAUCCUUCUGCCCGUUCUACGCCGGGUGAAUUUCGUUUUAAAACUCAUGAAUCUUUCUAUGACGAUUACGAUCAUAGACAUUCUAAGCCAUAUCGACCUUCUCGUAGAUCCUCUUCUACCACCUCACAAAUUGAUGGCAAUUGUAAUUGCGUCAGUUGUUAUACAUUAGCUCCGCUCUUUGGGGCCCCCACACCUAAAAGACCGCCUCGAAGUUUAAGUCAACAACAGCUGCGUCAGCAUCAACGUUUAAGUGGUGCCAAGAAUCUCUAUAAAAACGAAUUAAAACGCGGUGUUGUUAAGUGGUGCAGUGACAGUGAUGUUUCGCUGCUGGGUCGUGAGGAACAGGAUAACAGUGAGGUUUCAGACGACUAUAGGGCUUAUGCAAAUCGUAAAGGUUACCAUGAUGAUUCCUUUAAUUAUGACGAUUUUAAUUUAGAUCAAGAUUUUGAUAUAGAAAACUUUACUUUAACACAAUUGGACUAUAAAAAACAAAUACAAAAACCCAAGACCCAAAAAUUUAAUGGUUAUGCUGCCAGACAUAAUAAAUAUACCACAGUCAAUGACCAGCAGCAGCAACCCUUAACGGAUGGCUAUGUGGAUAAGGCACGAUUAAGGCAAAUAAGAUCACCUACACCUCAGCGUAAAGAAUCUUCCAAAGAGGUUAAAUUGCGAAAUCCCUUAAAUAAACCCUCCUCAAAUCUGUUAGCCAUGCGCCAUAAAUCACAAAGUACCGAAAGUUUUUUUGAACAGCCACACGAUGAAGGCACAAUUUAUUUAUAUGGUGGACGUAAACGUAUAGUUAAAGCUCCUUCUACUACCAAUCUCUAUGAUCGUAUUAAGAAUCAAGCAGGAUACGAUUUAACGCAAAAACAAAUUAAGAAAUAUAAUUCCCAAUUAAAUUUACCAACUGAACAGCGUAAAAUAACGACAAAGAAUUCGAUUAAAAAUGAUCAUGACACUUUGAAACCCUUAAUACCACCUCCUCUCUGGAGGGGAGCUAAAAGAAUGAAUCUAAAGGCUAGUCCUCAACUCAAUAAUUAUCAAAUUUUAGAUCACAAUAAUAAUAAUAUGAACACUAACAGACAAGACCCCAAAAUAUGCAAUCUGCAAAGAUCGGAAGAAAUAAACAAGACUACUACUAAUAUGAAUCAACAAAAUAAUAAGACCACAACGACUACACAGUACAAUACUAAAUUAUUAAAUCACUAUAAUGCCGAUAACAAAUCCAAAUCUAAUGAAAAUGAAGCGGCCCAACAACAGCAUACUCAACAACAACAACAGAAACAUAUGGAACCACCACCACAACAACAGCAGCAAACACCAUAUCGUAUGGGUCGCUCCUCUAGUCGCGUUGAUGUUAGUGACAUGGAAUCGAUUUAUGGUUAUUUAAAACCCCGUAAACCCCGCAGUUUAAGCAUGAAGAAAAUUCAAAUACUUGAUUAUUAAUUCUCUAGAUAACUGGUCCGUUAUAUCUUUUUCCAUGCAAACUGUUUACACUAGGAGAUGCAGAUAUUGUAGAGUCACCUUAUAAUCAUAUUUAUGGACGUUUACCUUUGCCAACACGAGGUUAUAUACCAACUCCACGUAGCAUGUAUAUUGGUGAAUGGGAUUGA